AUGGCAGAAAAGGUCAGAUACUACUUGGAACAAUCAGUUCCUGAGUUAGAAGACUUACAGAAUAAAGGAUUAUUUGAAAAGCAAGAAAUCACAAUGAUCAUGAGAAGAAGAACUGACUUCGAACACAGAAUUCAAGGUAGAGGUUCAAGCACCAGAGAUUUCAUCAAGUAUGCAGAAUUUGAAAGUAAUUUAGAAAAGUUAAGAAAGAAGAGAUACACUAGAUUAAGUAAGGUCGGAUUAGUUGAUACCAAGCCAAGUAUCAGUGAUUGGGCCGGUGUGAGAAGAAUCUUAUUCAUUUAUCAAAGAGGUACUUUCAAAUAUCCUAGUAACUUACAAUUAUGGUCCAAUUAUUUGAAUUUUGCUAAAGAAAAUGGGGCCAUCAAAGUCAUAUAUAAAAUCUAUUCCAAAUUAUUACAAUUACAACCCAGAAAUGUCGAUGCCUGGCUUUCAGCAGCCAAAUAUGAAUUCGAAAUCAAUAAUAAUGCUAAAGGUUCAAGAGUAUUAUUCCAAAGAAGUUUAAGAUUAAACCCCGAAUCCUUGGAAUUAUGGUUGAAUUAUUUCCAAUUCGAAUUAACCUAUAUCUCCAAAUUAUUAACUAGAAGAAAAGUAUUAGGUUUAAUGACGGAAAGUCAACAAUUAGACCAAAUGGAUAAAGAAAAAAAUGAAUAUGAAGAGAAAUUAAACAAUGAUGAAAUCAGUAAUGAUUUAGAUGAUGACCAAAUAGCAUUACCAACAGAAGAAUUAAGAGACGAAUUAAAUCAUUUACCUGAAGUUGAUAUGAAUAUGUUAGGUAAUCCUGAAACCAAUCCAGCAUUAAAAGGAGAUGUAGCAUUAGCAAUUUUCGAUAACUGUAUGAUCCAAAUCUCGAAAUUGAACAUUAACGACAAUAAGAAAUUCAUCCUUAUUGAAAGUUUUUUGAAAGUUGUUGAUAAUUUUGAUGAUUUAAACCAAGAUUACUUAUAUUUACAUAUCUUGAAUUACUUACAAGAUAAGGAAGCAGAAGAUUUAAGAACGAUAUUGAUCGAUAUUACAUUAGCUAUCAGAAACGUCAAAGUUGAAGAUAAAAAUUUCGCAACCAAUUUACAAUUAUCAGUUAACAAAUUCCUCGCUUAUAAGAUGAAGAUUAAGAAUCCCGAGUUAACUACAGAAUAUGUCAAAUAUUUGAAUAACUUCAUAACAUCAGAGUCCAACAAAACGAAUGAUUUGUUAAGAGCUAUCAUCAAAAAAUGUCAAAAUUGA